AUGACAACAAAAGAUUAAAGUGAGUGUAAUGACUGAAUUAGUUUUCUUGAAGAAAACUGUAUUUGUUUGAAGUAUUUCACAUUAAAAAAAUUAUAGGAUAGGAAAUCCAGGAAUAUGAAGAGAAGAAAUGCCGACAUUGGCAAACUACGGAGGCCGAUCAAGCGAACUAAAAUCACUGACGGUUUCUAUGGAAGUACAUUGCUGUAUUUGAAGUUCUUCAUACUAUGGGCUGUCGUCUUACUGGCUGAUUUCAUCCUGGAAUUCCGCUUUGAAUUUCUUUGGCCAUUUUGGCUUCUCCUCAGAAGUGUCUACGAUUCCUUUAAAUAUCAAGGCCUGGCAUUCUCAGUGUUUUUCGUGUGUAUUGCUGUUACCUCCGACAUGAUCUGUUUUUUCUUCAUACCAGUUCAGUGGCUGUUUUUUGCAGCAAGCACUUAUGUCUGGGUACAGUACGUUUGGCACACAGAGAAGGGAGUGUGUGUUCCCACAGUGGUGCUGUGGCUACUGUUUGUCUACAUGGAGGCAGCAGUCAGACUACGAGACUUGCGUCAUCUUCCGUUCCACCUGGACCUGUGUCGCCCAUUCGCUGCCCACUGUAUUGGCUACCCAGUCGUUACUCUAGGGUUUGGUUUCAAGAGCUAUGUUGGCUACAGAAUGAGACAGCGAAAACAGAGAGACGUGGCCAAGGAGAACGAGUUUUACAUGCAACUUUUACAGCAAGCACUGCCUAUUGAGCAGCAGCAGACUGUAUGCCACAACACAAGCCCUGAGAAGAGCAAAGGAAAUACUGCAAAUGAUGUUGUGACGUCCAAUGGUACCGUUCACAACAACUCUGCACAAGUGAAGAACAAUCACAGAAAGUCACUGGACAAAGGGGAGAGAGACAAAUCUACUUGCGCCGAGUCUGAAAACAAAACUGUAAAUAACAACAAAUCGUUUUCACACACAAACGGCGACAUUCACACAGAGCUGGAGUUCAUCGAGAGAAUCGGCUCAGUCAACGAUUUUGACGAAAACGAAGCAGAAAAGGAUAAAAGUUCGAAGUCUUACCAAAUUAAAUCUAAUUCAAAAUGGAGCAACCACCAAGCAAAGGAAAAUGCAGUUAACUGUCAGAGGGAACGAAAAAACAAAGCAAACAAGGAGAAUGCAGAACAUAACAUGACACAGAAAGAUGAUUAUUGUCAAAGGCUUGAAGCAGACGUAAAGCGUUUAAAAAUAGAUCUUCAGGCAAGUCGACAAACAGAGCAAGAACUACGUUGUCAAAUUAACUCUCUACUAGUUAGUGAGAAGAGUGCAAAAAGUGAACUUUGCCAACUUCAGCUUGACAAUGAUGAUUUGCAGUCAAAAGUUCACGGGCUGCUGUCUGCCAGGCAGAUGGACAAGCAGGCAAUUACGCAGCUGGAGCGUCGAGUGCAGGACGAGCGCAGACUGAGGUCCUCCACAGAGGCUCAACUGGCUGCUGAGCGCAAGGCUGCACGUGCCAUCUCGUCUCCACCCGCUAAGGGCGAGUGUACAGAGAACUGCCGAGCACGCAAACGAGACUUGGAGGCAGAGGCUAAACAACUCAGGCGAGAACUAAAAGUCAAAGAGGAGCGUUGCUUAGCUGCUGAAAGGGAAGUUCAGUGUUUGAGGCAGUACAAAGAAAGCCACAAUGAGUCAGAGAUACUCAUGUCCGCUCUGUCUGCUAUGCAAGACAAAAACGCACAUCUGGAGAACAGUCUCAGCGCAGAGACCCGCAUCAAGCUCGACCUCUUCUCUGCUCUCGGAGAGGCCAAGCGCCAGUUAGAAAUCAGAGAAAAUGUGAUACGACAGCAGGAACGUGAGAUGGAGGAGUUGAAAGGCAAGAUGGCACAGGUUCUUGCAGUAAUGCCUACAGAGACAUUCGGGCCGGCGCCGAGCUGCAACACCUCUAAAUUGCGACUGGCCGACAGUCCUACUCAGUCCACUCUGGAUCCCAACGCCACGGCGUACACUCCCAAAUCCUCCCACCUUGCGCCAGCCGCUGAGGCUUAACAGGUUGUGGCCGAUCGCCUAUUUCAAACUAGCCAAUGUUUUGUUGUGAAUUGUUGGCACUAACUGUGGAUGUUUGGUGUGCUCUGCCAAUAGACACUUCGAUUCAUAUUUAUUUAUUUAUUUAAAUUUCGAUUAAUUCAUUGUCAUUCUGAACGACUUGAGUGCGGUGAUUUAGCAUUCUACUUGAUCUUGAUUGUGGCUGCAAUACGGCAUUGCUCGAAAAGCCUCGAACCCAGUUAGUUAGUCGACUUAGAUAUUUGUUGUAGUGAAUUCACAAUUCAGCGACUUAAAAACUCGGGUUAAUUUUAUAGCGUACGUACCUUUAUUAGUUGUAAAUCUUAGAAUCGUCUGAGAUUGAAAAGGCUGAUGAUAUAUUUUAAUGAAUGUGAUAUUUCUUUUAUUUUAUACUAAUAAGUAGUUGUUUUUAUGUAAUUUAGUUUAAAACAUCUCGAUAUUGGAUCCGAUCUGUACCAUUAAGUGGUUCAGUUGUAAGCCAUCGAUCUAGACUAAAACUGAUGGCAUAAAAAAUUGCUUUAUGGUGAUUAGAUAUAAUUUUAAAUAGCUUUAUUUUAAGGUGUUUCUGUAUUUCAUCUACAAUAAAUGGUGUUCUGUGGGUUCCUCAUAUGAUAGACGUUAGCACCUCUUUCUGUUCCCAUCUUUUUAAAUGUUAUUUCUAAUUACAAAAAAAAUUACCUCAAACUUAAAAACUUAAUUUUAUCCUCAACAAAGUAAAAACACAAUAUUAUUUUAAUAAAAUUUAACUGAAUCAUAAAGUUGUGUUUUUGUUACCUUUCCUUCUAUUAAAAUGUAAAACUAAAAAAAAAUUUUUUGUGGAAAAGUUAACAACAGAAUUAAUAAUUUUCCCCUUAAAAAUAUAUUUUUGUGUAUUGAUUAUGUUGUUAACACUUCAUAACUUGAUAAUCCAUUUUAAACCAACUCAAAAUUAUUCUAUAACUCCCAUACAAAGAAUUAAUUAAACAUCACAUCUUGAUAAGUUUUAUCGUGUUAAUUUUAUAUGAGACACACCCUGGAGAACAGCUAACAUAUUAAUUUGGUUUAAAAUAGGUUAGUUUAUCAAUUCAAAUACAUUUUAAUUAUGGUUAAAAUCGCCAACUUAAAAGUGAACCAUUAUACAAACUAGCUUAAACAAUAUCUCAAGUUUUAACAUAUACUUUUCUCUAAAAGUAAACUUAAAAAACUAUUGACAUGUUUGUAAAUAUGAAAGUAGUUGUUGGUAUAAAUUUGGUAAUCAAAAUUAGGCUAAUCUAAUCAUAGUUUUGGAAUAAACAAAUUAAAAACACUUCUAGAUGAGCUAAGAUUGUUUUAGGUCUGUGGUUUUGAUUUAGGAGGUAGGUAAUUUGUAUUUUACCCAACAAAAUAGUGGACAAAAUACAUUUUAUUGCUUUUGAAUUAUAAACAUACUGUACAGAUACCGUACAUAGUUUACACUUAAUUUACAUUUAUUUAUCAUUAAAAAUUUAUUUUAAACAUCUGUUUUACAAUUUCCAAAUCUAUAAGAUAUCUCACUAAUUGAUGGGUAACACAUACUAUUGUAAAAAGUAAAUAAUUGUAUCUGGAAUACUACUAAGAUUCAUUCUGGACAUGAGAAAGAAAACUAAUGUGAUCAUCUACCAUUUUGAGUUGAUGUACCGGACGGCAUCUGUUUUAUUCUGAUUGUAAGUUUUAGCUUUAUUUACCAUCCCUGUGAAAAUGGAUUAUGUAAUUGUAUUUUGCUUUUCAUCUUUUUGACUCAACAACAUCUUAAAAGCUUGUUUUGUCAUAACAUUGAAGUGUGUUUUAGAUGCACUUCAGUUGUUUCUCCUGAGGUAAAAAGAAACUGUUAAAAUAAUUAUUUAGUGUCAAUUAUAUAUUUUAGAAUUCUUUACUUUUGGCAUUGAUAAAUAUGUUUAUUUUGGUUGACUGCUUUACGUUCCUGACUAAAAUGCAAUCAAAACCAUUACUUUAGAAUUGUAUUCUGUUUGGUGAAUAUUGUAUGAUUGUAUAGUUGGUGAAGGUUGAGAAACUCUUUAAAUACUGUGCACAAAGAAUAUUCAUUUCUGUGCAGACUUGUCACUUGUUUUAAAACUCAGACAUAUUACUCCUUAAACCAACAAUUUUCAGGUUUAUUUUAGUGGUAACUGACUUAAAUUGAAUAAGCAAAGACUGUCUGAUCCAAAUGGCAAAAUUAGCAGACA